AUUCUAGUAAUCACACCAACUUCCCUUGACCUUUUCAGCGCCUAAAUUCCUCGUAUAAUAUUAUAGUCAGAUAAUACCGUGCUGUCCUCAUGUUUUCUCUUCCCCCCUUCCCUCCUCCACUCGACUUUGAGAGAGGAUCAACUCAAUCGUCGUACUGUAGUAUCUGCCUGCCACGACAACUGCGGCAGCUAGGCACUGUACUCGAGUAGCUAGGUGGCCAGGCAGGCAUCGAAGCUGGGGUUACUGCAGGUCUCGAAGAGCCGGGAAUGCCUCGCUCGCUCGCAUGUACGAGUACUGUACGGUACUAGUACAAGCUGCGCACAGCAUAUUUUCCAUUCAUCCUUCAUUUCAUUUUUUCCUUCUCACACUUUUGUUAGUUUGUUGCUGCAGUAUCAUACUGCACCGUAUCAUACUGCGCUCGCAUUGUGCGGCACUGGCUUGUGCAAUGGGUGGUUGCGGGUUACGAGUGAGAGACAACAACAGCAACGAUACGCAGCAUAACAUGACAAGGGCAAGAAAGACAAGCUCCACAUUUAUUUUUUCCUGUGUGAGGGUAGUCGGCCACUUGGAAGGACCACGGUAGCCACACUCGAGCACCCCAUGCUCUCUUCCCUCAUUAGUUACAAGUUAACUUAUCCCUUACCCCCCCAAUACCCCCCCCUUCCUCUCCACUCACCUUACCCCAAAAAUAUUUGAAUCCGGCGUCUGCGGCAUUAUUCAUUUGUUAUUCGUCGUUUACACUACUUAUCUCUUAUAUAUAUAUAGUCAUGCUGUCUUCCACCCGCUCCCUUCCACGAUCUUUCCUCUGCCCUUCUCCAUCUAGCAUCCCCCGUAACUUUUUCGGUCAAUGUAAGCAACGCUUCAACCACCAUAACCACAAGCCUAAACCCCAGACAUCUCGAAACAUUACAAGCACUUUAACCCCUUCUUAUCUACUCUCGCCCUCAUCAUCAUCAGCUUCUGCCAAGUUCUCAUCUUCCUCGCCCUCUUCGACACAGUCACCAUCAACAGCCAGCUUUCCAGCUUCACCUUACUCCCAGCUUUCACUAAAUUUCGCAAGGGCGAACACGAAAUUCCUUGGUCAGGACACCAAUUUUAAACAAUCUAUAAACAUGGCUCCUUCUUCUACGAUGACUCCUUUCUUGAGAUCUGGUACCCCUAGUCAAAUCGGGGACCACCAUGUUUCUUCCGCAGUUCACUCUGCCGCUCACUCCCGUUCGCACUCUCCGACUGAUUUCGACACCUCCUACAACGAGGACCUUCGUGCUCAGCUUAAGGUCCGUGGGCUUCUCCCGCCUCAUGUCGAGAGCUAUGAGCUCCAGAAAGCUCGAUGCCUGGAACAAAUCGCUCAAAAGUCAAAUCCUAUCGACAAGUACAUGUAUUUGUCCAACUUGCGCAAUACCAAUGUAAAUCUUUUCUAUCGCUUAUUGAUGGAUAACAUGAAGGAAAUAACUCCUCUUGUGUACACUCCGGUAGUUGGCGAAGCAUGUGUUAAAUGGUCGCAUAUUUACACCCAGCCCGAAGGGCUAUAUUUGUCGUAUGCCGACCGCGGUAACCUCCGUGGAAUCCUUGACAACUGGACUGCAGACAAAGUUGACAUUGCUGUUGUCACUGAUGGCUCACGAAUUUUGGGGCUUGGCGACCUCGGAGUCAACGGGAUGGGUAUUCCCGUAGGAAAGCUUGCGCUUUAUGUUGGGUGCGCUGGUAUCCAGCCCGACCGCACUCUUCCCAUCACCAUCGACGUUGGAACCGAGAAUGCCGCUAAUCUCAAGGAUCCAUUAUAUUUGGGUGCUAAGAUGCAUCGUGUUAGCGAGGCUGAGCAGUUGGAGUUUCUUGAUGAGAUGAUGAUUGCUCUUAAUGAUAAAUGGCCCGGCCUCGUCGUCCAAUUUGAGGACUUCAAAAAUCCUUUCCCAUCUCUAGAGCGAUAUCGCAAUACAUACACUUGCUUCAAUGACGACAUCCAGGGAACUGGUGCCGUCGUACUUGGGGGUACCAUCAAUGCCCUCAAGAACACCGACAUCCCCUUCAAAGACCAGAAGUUGGUUUUCUUCGGUGCUGGUUCCGCCGCUGUUGGUGUUGCCAAGCAGAUUUGCGAGCUCUUUAUCCAGAGCGGUAUUCCAGAAUCUGAUGCUAGAAAGAUGUUCUGGCUCGUGGAUUCAAAGGGAAUGGUGACAAAUGACCGUGGUGAUACUUUACAAGAGCACAAAGUAUAUUUCUCUCGAGAUGAUAACAAUGGCCAACAAUUCAAGUCGCUUGAGGAAGUUGUGGAUUAUGUCAAACCAACUGCUCUCAUGGGACUCUCUACUAUCGGUGGAGCGUUCACAGAGUCGAUAAUCCGCAAGAUGGCAAGCUAUAACGAGAAGCCAAUCAUCUUCCCUCUCUCGAAUCCUUCCAGCAAGUCGGAGUGCACCUAUGAACAGGCAAUGCAAUGGACCAACAACAAGGUCAUCUUUGCCUCUGGAUCGCCCUUCCCAGAAUUUGAAGCUGAUGGCAGGGUACAUACUCCCGGCCAAGGAAACAACAUGUAUGUCUUCCCCGGCAUCGGACUUGGCACUGUCUUGUGUGAGGCCGUGCAUGUCACCCAGGAGAUGGUCUACGCAUCUGCUGUCGGUUUGGCCGAUUCUCUCACGGAUGAGGAGCGUGAGAAAGGUUGGCUCUACCCCAACCUGGACCGAAUUAGGUCGAUCUCUGUUAUCGUCGCUCGUUCCGUCAUUCGUGCUGCUCAAAAGGAGAACCUCGACAAGAACAAAACCUUGCAGUGGCUCAGCGACGUGGAACUCGACAACUACAUCCGCUCCAAGAUGUACAACCCCGCCGGCGAUCACUCCGGAGCGUCAAGCCCCACUGUGGAGGUCAAUGGCAACGCAGCUAAACUUUCAAAUUUGUAAACUGGCAUUUGUUCGGGUGAGGUGGAUUGCGUGAUUAGUGUUAGAUUUUUCUCAUCUUUCCAGUUGUGGUUAUUCCCAUCUGCCUUGCUUUCUCGGGUGUUUGGUAAUUUCUGCGAUGUCUUCAUCCUCCAUUUAACACUGGGGGUUUGGGUCUAAUGUUUUCAUUAAUCUUGUAACACAUUUUUUUCUUUCUCAUUUUUUAUUUCUCGGGUUGGGUUGAAACGGAAAAAGAACAUGCUUUUUU